UGCCUGGCCCACUUGGGUUUGGGUCCCUCGUGACCCGCCCCCGCUCGGGUGGAACUAACCAGGGUCUCGGAAUACGCCGAGUCCGGAUGCGGUGAGGAAGACAGUCUGAGCACAGUGACGAUCUGGUCCUGCUAAUACUCCCUUGCCACCGGUGAUGGGCUCCAGAGGGAGAAUGGAGGGAAUCUGAGGGAAUGGUGUUCUGGAAGGCUCUCCGCACUGGAGGCCAGAAGGCCUGGUCUGAACUGCACCCUUCCAACUGCUACUUGCUCACUAGUGCGGAGUCAGACAGUGAGAUGUGUCAGAGGAGAGGAGCUCAAAUAAAGAGCUGUGGGAGGCAGAGAAGAGAUGGUGUCCUCUAAAUAGCACAGGGACUGGAGCUUUGAGCUUCCAGAGCACCUUGGCAGCAGAGUCUUGAAGGCAGGAGCUAACAUGGACCCGAAUCCGCGGGCAGCCCUGGAGCGCCAGCAGCUCCGCCUUCGGGAGCGGCAGAAAUUCUUCGAGGACAUUUUACAGCCUGAGACAGAAUUUGUCUUCCCCCUGUCCCACCUGCAUCUCGAGUCGCACAGACCCCCCAUUGGUAGUAUCUCAUCCAUGGAGGUGAAUGUGGACACACUUGAGCAAGUGGAACUGAUUGACCUUGGAGAUCAGGACGGAGCGGACGUUUUCUUGCCUUGGGAAGAUCCUCCACCAACCCCCCAGACGGCUGGGGUGGAUGACCAUCCCGAGGAGCCGGGUCUGCCAUUGCCCACGCCAGACAGGACCACAUCCCGCACUUCCUCCUCAUCCUCUGACACCUCCACCAACCCGCACAGCCCGGAUCCCAGUGACGGCGGAGCAGACACACCCUUGGCCCAGUCUGACGAGGAGGAGGAUGGGGGAGACAGCAGGGCAGAGCCUGGAGCCUGCAGCUAGCAGUGGGCCCCCACUCGCAAGACUGACUGCGCUGCCUCUUCUCCACUUGAGAUCCUAGGCCCUGCCAGAGCCCUUUGGAGAAGACCAGACUUUACUCGCAGUAGGCUCAGAGGGAGCAAAGGAUGGUGGGACGGCGUACCUUUCUGGGAAUUAACCUGCUCCUGCUUUACUGCUAACCUUUUCCUGCUGCAACCCUCCCACCAGUUUUUGGCUUACUCCCGGGGUAGGGCCUGCCGGCGAGGAGAUGGAAGAUGAGCUAGGACAAGAUGCCACUGCUUUUCUUAGCGUUCCUCCUUCCCCCAGACUAUCCCGCAGUCUCCUAAUAGAGUCUCCUAAACCAGUGUCUCUAAAUGGACAUGAACUCCUUAACAUCCCGGUGAGAUGGUACUCCAGCCAUCCUGCUUCCAUACAUCCUUUUUGGAACAGGGCACGGUAUACAUAAUAAACAGAUAAUAAUAUACCAGCCAUUCCACUUCAUCUUUUACAUUGUACAGCUAUCAAACCCAUUGUCUUUCUUUAGCUCUGUAACCAACACCGUAUUCUCAUCACUCAUUUACUCCAUUUAUUCAAGAAGUAGUUAUUGAACACCUGUGCUGGACAUUUAGCAUACAGUUUGAACAAGAUAGGCUGUAUCCUUGCCUUCAUGGAAGAAAAAAAACAAGUAAAUACCACAAUUCCCAGCAUAAUAAAUAGCAGGAUGAGGAAGCUGUUCUGUUACCGGAAAAUAGAGGCAUCUUAACUGAGCUUGUUUGGUCAUUGAAGAGCUCUUUUUUUUUUUUUUUUUCCCUUCUGUUUUUUAGGGCUGCACCCACAGGGUGUAUGGAAGUUCCUAUGGAAGUCUAGGGGUCGAAUCAGAGCUGCAGCUGCCGGCCUAGGCCACAGCCACAGCAACACCAGAUCUGAGCCAAGUCUGCAUCUCACGGCAAUGCCAGACCCUUAACCCACUGAGCAGGGCCAGGGAUUGAACCCACCCUCAUGGAUGCUAGUUGGAUUCUUAACCCACUGAGCCACCACGGGAACUCCAAAGAGCUCAUUUUUAAGCUGGGCCCCAAAGGAUGAGUAGGAGUUAGCCAGGUGGGCGCUGUAAUCCAGGCAGAAAGAGAAGCUUGGAAAGACUUUAAAUAGAAAGAAAUAGUUCUCAGGAACUGAAAAACAUUCAGCUUGGCUGAAUUGUUGAAUUCGAGCAGGAGAUGAGGGGAGAGGGAAGACUGACGAAGGUUGGGUCUUGAAUGCUUUGAAGCCUGUAUCAAGUUUCACUUUGACUGCUAGUAAAAUAUCAGUGACUUAAGGUAUAAAUUUUAUUUCCUCACAUAAAAGGAGUCCAAAGUACGGGGCUGUAUGACUGCUCCACAGUCAUUAGACACCAAGGUCCUUUUUGGCUCUUUUUGUUGAGCCGUCUAAGGUACAUGGCUGGAAUUCUCAUUGACAUCUGCUGUCUAAAAUGGCUCUUGAGGCCUCAGCCAUCAUGUCUUUGAAACUGGCAGAAAGCAGAAGAAAUCGGGGAUGGGCAAAAAAAGGCACAGCCAGAGGUCUGUUCCUACUUUGAGAAGCACUUUUGGAAGUUCUAACCGAUAGUGUCCACUUUUGUGUGUGUGUCUUUUUAGGGCCACACCAGUGGCGUAUGGAGCUCCCCAGGCUAGAGGUCGAAUUGGAGCUACAGCUGCCAGCCUACACCACAGCCACAGCAACUCAGGAUCCAAGCCACAUCUGUGACCUACACCACAGCUCAGGACAAUGCCGGAUCCUUAACCCACUGCGUGAGGCCAGGUAUCAAACCCGAGUCCUCGUGGAUACUGCUUGGGUUCAUUAACCACUGAGCCAUGAUGGGAACUCCAGGAGUGUCCACUUUUCUCUCAUUGGUAGAACUGCUAACAUGAGGAAUGUCCAUUUACAGAUUUUUGUAGACAUAGGGACACAGCAUUUUCUAGAAGAAAGGAAAUUCUGGUCUUUGGAAAGACUAACCUUUCAAGUUUCAAUUACCAAUGCACCUGAUUUCUGUACUUCCCGUCAGACCUUUCAGAAGCACCCUGGCUGCUAGGGAGGCUGGGAUCAUCCUUGAGUAGGGCAUCCUGCUGUCUUGAUCACAUCAAGGCUCUGUUAGUAAGAAAUAAAAGAACAGUAGUCAUUGGGUAGAUAGCUAGCCGUUUGCAUGUUGAGGAAUUUGAACUUUAUUGGGAGUAAUGAGGGAUUACAAGUGGUCGAAGUUGCCUGUUAAAAAGAUAAUUCUGGCUGUAGCAGAGCGAACAUACUGGAAGUCGGGCUCCAGACAGACAUAACACAAUACUCCAUGCAAGAAAUAAUAGGGGCCUCGAAGACAGUGGUGAUGAUUAGCUCAACAGAGUUGAGGCAGGGUCUAAACAAAUAAAUGACCUUCAUUCAA